AUGGCUGCUGAAACCAUCAUGUCGGUCACGUAUGGCUUGGACGUACAACCGCAUGACGACCCGUAUAUUCAAGUCGCAGAGCACGGUGUGGAGGGGUUUUCUAUCGCGGCAGUACCGGGAACGUUCCUGGUGGAUGCAAUCCCUGCCCUGAAGUACGUCCCAGAAUGGUGUCCAGGUGCCAGCUUCAAACGAAAGGCACGGGAAUGGAAGAGAUCUACCAUUUCCAUGAUAGAGACACCCUUUGCAGCGGCAAAGAAGAUUAUUGCGGAUGGAACUUCUCCGCAUUCGAUGGUGUGCUCUCAUCUUCGGCAGAUAGACGGUCGCGAUCCAGAGCAAGAAGAGGUAGUGAAGCAUGCUGCGGGUACAAUGUACGCAGGUAAGAGCAUAAACACGCUGUCUGCCCUAGCAUCGUGUAUCCUGGGUCUCCUAGAAAGGCCAGAGGUUAUGAAGAAGGCUCAGGAGGAACUUGACAGAGUAAUAAAGCCUGGACACCUGCCCGAGUUUGAAGACCAAGAUUCGCUGCAUUAUAUCACUGCGAUAGCGAUGGAGGCUCUUCGAUGGAGGGCCAUUGUGCCGAUUGGGAUUCCGCACCUUGUUACUGUCGAAGACGAGUACAAAGGGUACCGCAUUCCAGCUGGGUCGAUUGUUAUCGCAAACUCCUGGGCCAUGCUACACCACGAAAAAACCUACCCCGAUCCUUUUACCUUUAAUCCAGAUAGAUUCAUGAAGGAUGGAAAAUUGAACUCAGCUGUGCGCGAUCCCGCCCAUGCUUGUUGGGGUUUCGGAAGGCGGAUAUGUCCGGGCCGAUAUCUUGCCUAUUCGUCCAUCUGGAUUACAUUGGCAUCGAUGCUUGCUGUAUUUGAUAUUGAAAAAGCGACCGACAAGGAUGGCAAUGUGAUUGAACUCACGCAUGAAUAUUUCCCUGCACUCAUAAGUGUUCCUAGGCCAUACGAAUGCUCGAUUAAGCCGCGUUCAAAAGAGGCUGAGAAAUUGAUACGCACCUCUGCAAUGCCAGAGCUGAAUAGGCUGCUGUAG